AAACCAGACGCGAUAACCCGCCACCAAAGCUGGAUUCAUGGCAGACGCUCCGAAAGCGGUUUUGGGGCCGUUGGUAGGGGCAGUGGACCAAGGUACCAGCUCAACACGUUUUUUGGUUUUCAAUCCCCAAACAGCUGAAUUACUUUGUCAUCAUCAAGUGGAAAUAGCCCAGGAGUUCCCAAAAGAAGGAUGGGUAGAGCAAGACCCAAAGGCAAUCCUGCAGUCUGUGUACGAGUGUAUAGAGAAAACAUGUGAGAAACUCGGACAGCAGAGCAUUGAUAUUUCCAACAUAAAAGCUAUCGGUGUCACCAACCAGCGGGAAACUACGAUAGUCUGGGACAAGUUCACUGGAGAACCUCUCUACAAUGCUGUGGUGUGGCUUGACCUAAGGACCCAGUCUACUGUGGAGAAUCUCAGCAAAAGUAUUUCAGUAAGCAAUAACUUUGUCAAGAACAAGACGGGCCUUCCAAUCAGCACUUAUUUUAGUGCUGUGAAACUUCACUGGCUCAUUGAAAAUGUGAGAAAAGUGCAAAAGGCUAUUGAAGAUGGCAGAGCUAUUUUUGGGACGGUUGAUUCGUGGCUUAUCUGGUGUAUGACUGGAGGUAUCAACGGAGGUGUCCACUGUACAGAUGUAAGUAAUGCCAGCAGGACCAUGCUUUUCAACAUUCACUCUUUGCAAUGGGAUGAAGAGCUCUGCGAGUUUUUUGGAAUUCCAAUGACCAUCCUUCCCCGAAUCCGGAGUUCUUCUGAGAUCUAUGGCCUAAUGAAAAGUGGCCUGUUGGAAGGUGUGCCAAUAUCUGGAUGUCUGGGAGACCAGUCUGCUGCUUUGGUGGGACAACUGUGUCUUCAGGACGGACAAGCUAAAAGCACAUAUGGAACAGGCUGUUUCUUACUAUGUAACACAGGCCAGAAGUGUGUAAACUCUGAACAUGGUCUUCUGACCACAGUGGCUUAUCAGCUUGGCAGACAGGAACCUGUCUAUUAUGCCCUGGAAGGUUCCGUAGCCAUAGCCGGUGCUGUUGUUAGCUGGAUAAAAAACAAUCUUCAAAUUAUUCAGUCUUCAUCGGAAAUUGAAAAACUUGCUGAAGUAGCAGGGACUUCUUAUGGCUGUUACUUCGUCCCAGCCUUUUCAGGCUUAUACGCUCCAUAUUGGGACCCAAGUGCAAGAGGGAUCAUCUGCGGGCUCACCCAGUUCACCAAUAAGUUCCAUAUUGCCUUUGCUGCGUUAGAAGCUGUUUGCUUCCAAACGCGGGAGAUUUUGGAUGCCAUGAACAGUGAUUGUGGAAUCCCGCUGAAGCAUUUGCAGGUAGAUGGAGGAAUGACCGCAAACAGAGUUCUCAUGCAACUGCAGGCGGACAUUCUGUGUAUCCCGGUGAUGAAACCUUUCAUGCCAGAAACAACUGCACUGGGAGUCGCCAUGGCAGCGGGAGCGGCAGAAGGAGUUAGCGUGUGGAGUCUGGAUCCUAAGGAUUUGUCAAGUGUCCAGAUGGAGAAGUUUGAACCCCAGAUCAAUGCCGAGGAAAGUGAAGGUCGUUACGCCACAUGGAAGAAAGCUGUGGUGAAGUCAAUGGGUUGGGUUUUGACUCAGUCUCCUGAUGGUCGCGACCCUAGUAUUUUCAGCAGCCUGACGCUGGGCUUUUAUGUAGUGAGUAGUAUGGUGAUAUUAAUUGGAGCAAGGUACAUGUAAGGUAUCCCAUAAAUCAUGCCUCCUUGUGGAUUCCCCAAGGAGAGCUCUUUACCUAAUGAAAGAAUCCAGCAGUUGUUUCAAUGUAAUACCACUAUUUGGACUCUGGAUUUGUUUAUGUGCCCCUUGUUGCAUGUAUCUCCAAGAAGACCUGAGAUGUGAAAUAAAGAAAAAAACAGCAGC